AGACUUGUAAAUUAAUUACAACCCUCGUUCUCUCUCUCUCUUUCACUUUCUCCUUUUGUUUAUUAUUGAUUUGGGUGUAGGUGUAGGGUCACCUGCACUGCAUUCCUUACUUAGGGAAAACCAACCCACAAUUUCUCUGCUUCUAUCCAUUCUUUCCAACGCCUAAAUUAAGCAGCAUGGACAGCCCCAGCAGAAUAGUUUCCCAACCACCUCGGCUUCUCCUCUCCCCAUGCAGCGGUGGAAGAAGAAGCAGCGAUUCCAAUUCUCCCGAAUUUGAGUUUUGGAUGCUCCAGAAUCCGUCUUUUCCGGAGCCCAAUCUCCUCUCCGCUGAUGAACUCUUUGUUGAUGGUGUCCUUCUUCCUCUCCACUUACUCCCCCUCCACAACCACCGCCCUCACCCACCGGAUCCCCAACCGCCCAACUCUCUACCUGACUUUGAACCCCAACUCGAACUUGGACCCCAAAUUUCAUACGAAACCAUAGCAGCAGAAUCCGCCGCCCCUCUAACCGCUUCAAAGAGAUGGAAAGACAUUUUCAAGAAAUCCGACAAGAAAACUGCAACAGCUCAAAAUCAAGAAGAUAAAGAAAAGGAGAAAGACAAGAAGAGAGAGAAAAAGAGUCAAAGCGGAGCAACUUCAGGAGCCGAGUUGAAUAUCAAUAUAUGGCCAUUCGCACGCAGUAGAUCCGAGGGGAACAGCGCAUCCCGACCCAGGAUGUUUCCCGGAGCUCCUGGAGCCCGCAAGGUGAGUAGCGCGCCUUGCUCACGUAGUAAUUCAGCAGGGGAGUCGAAGUCCAGGAAGUGGCCUACCAGUCCGGGUAGGGGUGGAGUCCAUCUGGGUCGGAGCAGCCCGGUUUGGCAGGUGCGGCGUGGAGCAGCCGGAGGUUGGAGCUCAAAGAGUGUUUACUCUGAACCUGUGAGUCGAAACAGUGAAAAGGGGAUGAGUAAAAAAGUUACUGAUCGGCCUCGUAAAACAGCAGCCGGAAGCAGCAGCGGCGGUGGCAAUAGUAAAGCCAAAGUUGUGAAUUUGAACGUGCCGACGUGUAUCGGAUAUAGACAGCAACUGAGUUGUAGAAGCCAUGAAAGCAGUGGUAUACGAGAUUGUACCAAUGGCGAAAGAAGGAACGGCGGCAGUGGCAACAGCAACGGCAAUGUUGGAAGUGGCGGUCAUUUUUUCAACUUACGCAGCCUCUUCACGAAAAAAGUUUAUUAAUGGAAUACUGAAUGAACUUUGAAAUUAAUUUAAAGCUUGAUUUUUGAUUCAUUUUACUUUCUGAAACAGUGGAUAAGUUUUCUCACAUCUCGUGUAUUUAACUAAACAGAAAAGAGGAUUUGUGCUGUUGUAUUUGGGGUACAUUACGAUGUAUAUACAUUAUUAGUCUCUGCAAUCUUGGCACCAUCCAAGGGCACAUAUCAUCAUUAUACGAAUUUGUCUUAACGACUA